AUGAACUGCCUCGAUCUUGUGUUCACCAAGUCGUCUGACAACAUCGACGUUGUGAAUUGCCUCCCCCCGUUGGGUCAGAGUGACCAUGUAGUUCUCAUGUGGGAAUACACGUUAUUCUCCCUUCCUGCACAACCGCUCGAUUCCCGACCUAAUAUUUGGCGCGGCGAUUUCGAACAGAUGAAAAAGGAUCUUAGUCCUAUCGACUGGGCAUCCACUCUCUCCGGCGAUGUCGAAGAGGCUUGGUGUCAGUUCAAAGAGUUAGCCCACAACCUCAUCUCCAACCACUGCCCAAUCAUGCGCAAAAGACUAACAAAUAGACCUCGCUGGUUGACUCCGUCCUUAAAGAAGGAAGUUAACAAGAAGAGGAAGCUAUGGAAACGAUCGCUGACGGAUCGCACGCCAGAAUCCCUAAGCAGAGUGAAAAUUCUCAUCGCCAGAGAUAGGAAAGCUUUUGAAAAGAAUCUUUUGAACCGUGCCAUGAUUAAUCCAAAAAUCCUUUACAGCUACAUAAGACAGAGCACACGGAACAAAGAUCCUGUCCCACUGCUGCGAACGGCUGAGGGUGUGGAAAUCUCCGAUGACAGGGAUAAGGCUGAACAUCUCUCUCAGUUCUUCCGGUCAGUCGUGACAAGUGAACCUGCUUUUUCCUUACCCGCUUAUGAAGACGAUGAAACGCCUACCCUCGAAGCCGUCUUCUUCGCUGAAACAAUUGUUCGGAAUGAGUUACUAAACCUAAAAAAAUCGACCUCCCUAGGCCCUGACGCAAUCCCGGCCAAGCUGCUGAAGGAACUAGCUUCCGAAAUGUCCAAGCCGUUAGCCUUGAUCUUUCAAACGUCAUUUGUUACUGGAUGCCUGCCCUCUGACUGGAAGUCCGCUACAAUCACUCCGCUUUUUAAGGGUGGAAGUCGUGCGUCUGCGAAUAACUACAGGCCAGUGAGUCUUACCUCCAUCUGUAGCAAAAUCAUGGAGAAGAUCAUUAAGAAGGCCUUGGUGCAGUUCCUCGAGCAGCACCAUCUCCUUUCUGAUGCCCAACACGGCUUUCGAAGUGGUAGGUCCUACCUCACGAAUCUGCUCUUUACGCUCGAACGCUGGACCAAAGCACGUGAUGAAGGCAAGGUGGUGCACGCCAUCUACAUCGACUUCGAAAAGGCUUUCGACAGCGUUCCUCAUCAACGUCUCUUGAACAAACUGCGCAACGCUGGAAUUCGUGGACGCCUUCUUGUAUGGAUCUAG